UUUUUGCAAUAGAUAUCAAAAGAAAGUCUAGAAGAGGGUAAAAUAGUAAAAAAGAGGGUAAAGGAGUGAGAACCAGAUGCUGAAAUGGCGAAGGUCCACCUCCACCUCUUCCCCCUUUAUUUGCAAUAUAUAAAAUCCCCCAAUAUCUCUUUCAUUUUUCACCGUAACUAAUUACGACAAACUCGAGCAAAACCAAAAACAAAUCGCCCUUUCUUUCUUUUAGAAAAUGGCCGAUCAGCUCACCGAUGAUCAGAUCUCCGAAUUCAAGGAAGCCUUCAGCCUCUUUGACAAGGAUGGCGAUGGUUGUAUCACUACUAAGGAGCUUGGAACUGUAAUGAGAUCUCUUGGGCAGAAUCCAACUGAGGCUGAACUGCAGGACAUGAUCAACGAAGUUGAUGCUGAUGGAAACGGGACCAUUGAUUUCCCUGAGUUCCUCAACUUGAUGGCCCGUAAGAUGAAGGACACAGAUUCUGAGGAGGAGCUGAAAGAGGCUUUCCGGGUUUUCGACAAGGAUCAGAAUGGGUUCAUCUCUGCUGCUGAGCUCCGCCAUGUGAUGACAAAUCUUGGUGAGAAGCUGACUGAUGAGGAAGUUGAUGAGAUGAUUCGUGAAGCUGAUGUGGAUGGUGAUGGUCAGAUCAACUAUGAGGAGUUUGUUAAAGUCAUGAUGGCCAAGUGAGGAUCUCUCAGCCAUAACUAAAUCUCAAAAUAACUCAAACGACAAAAAAAAGGAGUUCAGGGCACAUAAGUUGAUGAGAUUUCUAUUUCUCAGUAGGACAUCUUCAUUUGGUGAUAUUAGCUUUGGUUGGUUGGUUGCUUGUUUUUAUGUCUGCAUUGUUUUGUGGCACUCUUAUCUAGUAUUGAGCAGCUUGUCUUCACAUUUUCUUGUCCAGUAGUUUGGUCUCUUAGUGUCUAUCUUCUAUGCUGGUUGUUUAUUUUUACCCUUUCUCUGUUUUUUUGGUAUUAUGAGCGUAAAACAAUUGGGAGAAUUCAUUAUUUUGAUUAUGGGUUAGUAAUUUUGUUGA